GUACCACGUUAGUUAGUGGCUACUGGUGGUAGUUGCUAUUUCGUCCAAGGCAUUCAAGCAGCAGGUUGCCCAGUUUCAAGACGGUAAAAUGAACGGUUUAGACGAGGAACCCAUGGCGCCACAGACAUUUCUUUACGGGUGUAUGCUCGAGUCUGGAAAAGAUGUGGUGUUCAAUCCUGAAGACGAUGACUUUGAGCAUCAGCUAGAUCUGAGGAUGGCCUGUGUGGACCCCAGCACAAAAGAUGAACUUCACAUGGUGGAGGUGGAAGGACAAGAUUCAGAGGGUCAGAAAAUCAAAGCAGCACUGGUUUCUCUCCGACCCUCCACCCUGCCAAGUGUGUGUCUCGGUGGUUUCACAAUCACUCCCCCUGCAGUGUUCCGUCUGAAGGCAGGUUCUGGUCCCAUCCAUAUCAGUGGACAACACCUUGUCAUGAUGGAGGCCGAUCAUUCUCUUUACGAAAGUGACGAUGAUGAGGAGGAAGAGGAAGAACUCAAAACAUCAAAGAAAAGACCUGCUAACUCCCCUGCCGCCAAGUCUCAGAAAAGAAUGAAAAUGGAAGCGGAUGAGGACGACGAUGACGAGGAUGAUGAUGAUGAUGAGGAUGAUGAUGAUGAAGAUGAGGAUGAUGAAGAGGAGAGCGAGGAGGAAGAAGAAUCCCCUGUCAAGGCCAAGGCGACACCCUCCAAAAAAGCUCCUGCUCAGAAUGGCAAGAGCCCAAAACCCAGCACACCCGCUAAGCAGGAAAAGACACCUAAAGGAAAGGGCGAAAGGACACCUAAAACCCCAACAACCCCCAAAGUCAUUUUAACACUUCCUGAGAUUAAAGAGAAGUUGAUGGAAGCUGUGAAGAAGGGAGUGACGCUGCCGAAAGUCCAACCCAAGUUUGAGAACUUUGUAAAGAACAGCUAUAAAGUAGCAGACAACAAGGCUGUUGCAGAGCUGUGGAAGUGGAGACAGGCGGUGAAGGAUCCUAAAUAACAGUCUCAGUAGUUUUAUGUCUUUUUAUGACUUGUUUAUAUCCAUAGCACCUCUCAAACCCUCUGAAGCCAAACUCUGUGCCUCACACUUGUCAAUUAAUUCAAAGUCUAGUCCAUCUCCAGCUGCCCUUCUGUAUGAAGAGACUAGAGAGGAGGUGAUGGUACACUGGUGUCUUUCCAACUCCAUCACCCUCUCAUCAGGGCAGAGCAACUAUUUGGUUUGUUGAAUAAACCCCUCAGAGAACCAACUUACUUACAAAUUUGCAUCUUUGUAAAUGUGUAAAUAAAAUUCUCGCUAGAUUGUUGACACCCGAGAUGGAUAAUAUCUUCAUGUGUUAUUUUUUAUAUUUACGUUAAAGGGUGAUUUGGCCUCAUGCAGAACAAUAUCAAUGCACCUAUUUGCAGUCUAAUAUCCUCAAAUCCAUUUCAAAUCCAACAGCCAAUAAAACAUGAGCUAAUGUCGCCAGGGUCAUAUGAUUUGUCAUUGAUUGAUUUUUUUUGCUGACAUUGGCAAUGACCACAGUAUUGAUAUUGAUUUAGCAAUAUUGCUUAGUCUGAUACUAUUAUCAACAUAAACACACUGCACUUUCUGAAAACACAACUGCUGUUAGGUGUGUUUGAAUGUUUAUGCUAUUGUGAGAUUCAUAAGGUAAAGAUCCCUUGAUGCCAAACUGUCCACUUUACUUCUGUUUGACACACUGUAUCAGAUUUUUUUCUUUUCUUUUCUUCCCUGUAAAUUUUCAAGCAUGUUACCGUCCGGAAAUAAUCAGUCAGUUAUUACGCAACAAGUUGUAUUGACUUCGAAGGGCUUAACGAGUGAAGUGACGCACCCCACACACAUUUCAGCAGCAUUGGUCUAAAUCCAGAUUGUUUCACUGCUUUGUGUUGUCAUAACUACUAAUAACCAAUCAGCCAAAUGUUGAGUACUUGGUGUGUAAGUGACUGAAUGCAUGAAGGAAAUAGCAGUGAGUUGUUUAGUUUUUGUUUAAUUAAGAGUUGCGUCUAACCCUCCAAACCAGCAAAAUGCAGAUUUGGAGAAUUCAUGGAAAUGUUGCACAUUGUAAUGUUUUUUUUUAGAAAUUCCAACCUGAACUAAAACUUAAUGAAACUGGUCAUUUCACUAGUGAAAGUUAUGUUUAAAAAUGUUAAUGCAUGAGGCCUGUUACAGCAGAAGAUCAUUCCAUGUUCUGGAGAAACAAGUGUCAGUUUGUGUGACUCAAACUAUGCUGUGGGUUUGGGUGGACUAUCCCAAGAACAAAUAAAUAAAAAUAAUAUUGUGGA